UAUAUAGCCGCGUUGGUGGAGAUUCUUUGUUAUCCGAUAAAUUCUCUGUCUAAUCCACUUUUCUCCUCCUUCAAUGGUUCCCAUGCCGAUCUUAGCGUAUUUUUACCGAUUCGUUUAAUAGUCUUUCGAAAUUCUCAAAUCGAUUUAUUUGUGAGGAUUAGUGCUGGGCGUUGAGUUUGAUAUAGAGGGAAAAAUACCUAAAAAUAAUUUGGGGAAAGUGAAUCGAAGAGCAUCGAACAAUGCAUUCGGUGUCUUGUAAGGAUCCGGUGUUGUUCACGCGCCCUUUCGUGUCCUCUUUCUAUGGCGGAUCAUCUUCUAAUCGUCUGAAACAUCUUCAGAAAAGUGAUCGGCGUGGUAAUAUUAGUAGUUAAUAUUGGAUUUUAUUUUGUUUCUCUUAAAGUCGGUUUCUUUUUCUUGGGUUUAGCUUUUGGGAGGUUUGUAUCCCCAAUUUUCAAUCGGUUAUUGUUAUAUAAUAAUAGUGCUGUCGAUAAUUUGUUGAGCUUAAGCGAUCCAAUUUUCUGAUCUGUUCAUUGGAUCUCGUCUUUCGAGAGCUCGGUUCAGCUAUAUUUCCGAGGAUUCCUGGGUAUACAAGAUCUUUUCUGCAACUUUUCACUCUUGUAGACGGAUAGCUGCAUCCCACAAAAUAUGUCAUCUGCUCAAGAUAUAAGCAGCCUUAGUGAGUCAUCAACAGAUCCACCUGACUUAACUCGUCAUGAUUCGGGAUAUCUUUCUAUGAACGAUCUGAAAAACUGUUUAAAUCAGUUUGUAAAUAUUGAAGAGCUUGAGAUAGGUACCCGUGGCUUCACUCCAUCUCCUGAGGAGAAUGAUAUAGACAAUGCUGAGAAGGAAGUUGAACACAAUCAAUCUCAUGGGAACAAGUGGAACAGUUUAGCUUCGGACAAACACUUCAGCAAGUGUUCCAAAUUUUCAUCUCCUGCAUCAUCUGAUGAGCAUAAAAAAUUCCCUGCCGAAGAAUUGUUGGAUGGGAAAGAGAAGCAAGGUAGUGAUAUAACCGCUGAAGUCUCAGCAUUGAAUGGCGAUGCCAAAUCUGCUAAUCAAUCAUAUUCACGUUGCAUAUCCUUGCCUACUCCUAUGAAGCUUGUAUCUGCCAUGAAAGGUAGCCGUGAAAAGCAGGGAAUACCACCUAAGAAGCUUUCAGUGACGUGGGCCCCUGAGGUGUAUGAUCCUGUUCCUUCAGCAGUGACGCACGUGGUAUCAAACAAGAAUCAUCGCCAACGCAGUGAUAGCAGAAAGUAUGGGAAGACCAAACAGAAGGGCGGCGGCAAAUCUUCUCGAGGCAGCAAGGGCAAAGACAAGAAGCAAGCUCGAAAGAACAGUGGGAGCACUAGCAGGUCUUUCAAGGAUCAUAGCAUAGUGCAUGGUUUUGAUGACCCUCUUACUGGUAUUGAAAAUUUCGAUGUUGGCAGCCCAGUUGCAUUCUGUGGAAGUAGUUUUCUUAAAAAAUCUGUUACCGAGUUGCACUAUCCAGUCACAGAGGCUACAUGAGCCAUCAUCCGAAUCAAUACGGCUUUAUUUUCAUUCUGCUGAUGUUGUAAAUAUAAAUAAUUUAGUUAGGUUUUGUUGAUCGGUGGAACUUUUGAGGAAUAGGAAAAUAUUUGUCUGAUGGUGGAACUGCUAUGAAAACUUGCUGAAGACUUCUUUUUCGUGAUGAUCUAAAAUCUUGUUUUAUUGUAUUAUAUUUUCAGUGAGCUUCUUGUUGCUUAGCUCAUUGCUAUUUGAUUGCUAGUUUAUGGUUGUAAUCUUGUGCCCGUGAUUAUCAGCACAUUGCUAGUUUAUGUUGAUAUUCAUGUGCCUUUUGGGAUAGCACGGAGCAUGGUGCUUUAUUCAGAAUUCAGUUAUUUA